AUGUUUGCCUUUGACGAGAACGGUCGACCAUUUAUCAUAGUACGUGAACAAGAAGAGAAGAAGGAGAACCGACUGAGAGGCGUCGAGGCGACACGUGCACACAUUCUAGCAGCCAAAACUGUCUCAGACAUUUUGAAAACCUCCCUUGGUCCAAAGGGUAUGGACAAAAUGAUGGUCUCACAAGACGGAGAUGUCACUGUAUCGAACGACGGUGCCACGAUCAUGCAAGAGAUGUCCAUUGACCACCCAAUUGCCAAAUUAUUAGUCGAGCUUUCACAGUCACAAGACUCUGAGAUUGGUGAUGGGACAACGGGGGUUGUUGUCUUUGCCGGUUCGUUGCUCGAACACUCGCUCAAAUUAGUUGAGCGUGGUAUUCACCCAACCCGUAUUGCGAUUGGGUAUGAACAAGCCGCUCAAGUUGCCGUUGACGAGUUGAAGAGAAUUGCCAUUCCUAAGGAGAAGAUGGAUCGAGAUGCCAUAGUAGCUGCUUGUGAGGUAGCUCUUGGCUCCAAAAUAGUAAACAGAUGCAAAAGACACUUAGCCGAGGUGUGCACUGAUGCUGUCUUGGCUGUCUACGACAAAGAGCGAAACGAUGUCAAUAUGGACUUGAUCAAGUUACAAACAAAAGCCGGAGGACAAAUGGAAGACACUGAAUUAGUCCAAGGGCUGAUGCUUGAGAAGGAGUUCUCACAUUCGCAAAUGAAGAAAUCAGUUGAAGAUGCUAAGGUAUGUAUCUUGUCGUGCCCAUUUGAGCCCCCCAAGACCAAGACUACGACUAACAUGAAUGUCACCAGUGUCGAGGCGUAUAAUCAGUUGUACCAACAAGAGCAAGACUACUUCAGAAUGCAAGUCCAACGCGUGAAAGAUGCUGGAGCGAAUGUUGUGUUGUGUCAGUGGGGGUUUGACGAUGAAGCUAACCAUUUAUUACUGAGCAAUGGGAUCAAUGCCGUCAGAUGGGUUGGUGGUGUUGAGCUUGAGCUGCUUGCUAUUGCGACGGGUGCCCGCAUAGUUCCCCGCUUUGAGGAACUCACUGCAGACAAACUUGGGAGUUGCAAAUUGGUGCAUGAGAUGUCAUUUGGGACCACUAAAGAAAAGAUGAUCAAGGUGGAGGGGUGCCCGAAUUCGAAUGCGGUGACCAUUUUCAUUCGAGGUGGGAACAAAAUGGUGUUAGCGGAGAUUGAGCGAUCGAUCCACGAUGCGUUGUGUGUUGCGAGAAAUUACUUGAGAGACGGAAGAGAAGUCUGUGGUGGUGGAUCUGCCGAAAUUGCGAUGUCCCUUGUUGUUGCCGAAGCCGCUAAAAAGUGCACAACUGUCGAACAUCAUGCCAUGUCAGUGUACGCAGACGCGUUGUUGUCGAUCCCACAUGCACUUGCAGAGAACUCUGGGUUGAACGCGAUUGAAACGGUCGCACAAGUGAAACAAAUGCAAAUUGCAGAAAAAAGCUCGGUCUAUGGUAUCGACUGCUUACAACUCGGGACUACUGAUAUGACGAAACAAAAAGUAUUCGAGUCCCUUCACUCAAAAACUCAACAAAUUCUGCUUGCAACCCAGGUCGUCAAAAUGAUUUUGAAGGUCGACGAUGUCAUUGGCGCGGCCGGACAACAGAGAUAA